GGAGAGAGAGGGGAGAGAGUGCAGCAGAGACAGAGACGGGAGGGAGGGAGAAUCGUUCUGGAUCCGCGCUCUGCCGGUAGCAGCGCGCAGCGAUCUGCAAAAGCGCGUCUAUACAGCCGGCGACCGGAUUAACUCACCUCGGAACCUGGAGAGUCCACAGACACGGGGAGACGACAACGAGCGGAGACUCCGGCUGAGACUCCGGCUGAGACUCCGGCUGAGAGAGACGACGACAGAAGAGCGGAGACCGCGUUACCCGGCCAGGCGCUCCUUUCGAUUUCACAACCACCGUGGCUUCUUGCACUUGGAGUCCCGUACCGGUGCCACCCCUCCUCCACGUCCUCGUCAUCUGCGCCGUUGUCCCCGCUAGCCCCCGCUAGCCCCGCCGCCCUCUACGGCGGAGGGCGGUAGCGGGCGGGAUGUCGCGCCCCGCGAUGCGUGUGGCGCUCUGCGUCUUCGCCGGAGUCGCCAUCAUCGCCUCCUCCGCUGCCGCCACCGCCACCGCCUCCUUCCCCGAUGACGCGACGCCCAUCAACAUCGUUGAUGCCAAAUACACGAGCCAGUACCCCGUGCUCCUGGGCCCCAGGCCAAAGAACGAGACGCGGCGACACAAGCUCAGCUUCCAGAUGAUGGUGAUGACCAACUCCACCCUCUUCAUCGCCGCCAGGGACCACGUGUACCACGUGGACCUGGACAACGCGCACGGCGAAGAGAUCCCCAGCGAGAAGACGCUCACCUGGAAGUCGAAAGCAACGGACAAGGACAUCUGCACCAUGAAAGGCAAACAGAAGGAAGAGUGCCACAACUUCAUCAAGGUGCUUCUCCCACGUGACGACGGCACCAUCUUCGUGUGUGGCACCAACGCCUUCAACCCCAUGUGCCGCAUCUACCGGUUGCACGGCGAGCGGCAGGACGCGGCGGACGGAGCGGGCGUGGCGCGCAUGGAGGGCGACGAGAUCAACGGCAUGGCCAAGUGUCCCUACGACUCCAAGCACAGCAACGUGGCGCUCUUCUCUGGAGGCAAGCUCUACUCCGCGACGGUGACGGAUUUCCUCGCGAGCGACGCUGUCAUUUACCGGAGCUUGGGGAGCAGCCCCGCUCUGCGCACCAUCAAAUACGACUCCAAAUGGCUCAAAGAGCCGCAGUUUGUGAACGCUGUGGAGUAUGGCAACUACAUCUACUACUUCUUCCGUGAGAUGGCUGUGGAAUACAGCACCAUGGGCAAGGUGGUCUUCUCAAGGGUGGCGCGCGUCUGCAAGAACGACGUGGGAGGCUCGCAGCGCGUGCUCGAGCGCCACUGGACGUCGUUCCUCAAGGCGCGUCUCAACUGCUCAGUGCCAGGCGAGCCGCGUUUCUACUUCAACGUGCUGCGCGCCGUCACGGGCGUCGUGACGGCACGCGGCAGGGCGCUCGCCGUCGGCGUGUUCACCACGCCGCAGAACAGUAUCCCCGGGUCGGCCGUGUGUGCCUUCGACAUGGUGGACGUGGAGGGAGUGUUCGACGGACGCUUCAAGGAGCAGCGGCUGCCCGACGGCGGCUGGACCACGGUGCCCGAAGACAAGGUGCCCAGACCCAGGCCUGGCUGCUGUGCGGGCACGGGCAGCGCUCGUGACGUGCGCAGCUCGGUGGAGCUGCCGGACGAGACGCUGGCGUUCAUCAAGACGCACCCCCUGGUGGAGGACAGCGUGCCGGCCCUGCUGCACCGGCCCGGCUUCACCAAGACCAUGGUCCGGUACCGCCUCACCAAGAUCGAGGUGGACACGGAGGCCGGGCCCCAUGGUAACCACACGGUGAUCUUCCUGGGCUCGGAGGACGGCGUGCUGCUCAAGGUGCUCUCCCAGGAGGGCGGAGCCUGGGCCGGCGGGGGCGGUGGGGGGGGGCCGUCCGGGCGGGGGGCUCCGGCGGAGGGGGCCGCCGGCGGCGCCCCCUCGGGCCUCCUGCUGGAGGAGAUCCACGCCUACAACCCGCACAGGUGUAACGUGGACGGUGUGGAGGACCGGCGCAUCGUGGGCCUGCAGCUGGACCGUGCGCACCACGCCCUCUUCGUCGCCUUCCCGUCGUGCAUCGUCAAAGUGGCGCUCAGCCGGUGCGAGCGCCACGCACGGUGCAAGCGAACCUGCAUUGCGUCACGUGACCCGUACUGCGGCUGGGCUCGCGAGGGGUCGUGCGCCCGCAUCACCGCCCCCACCAGCGUUCCGUACGAACAGGACAUCGAACACGGCAACUCCAAGGGGCUCGAGUACUGCCAAGCCGAAGGCUUCGUGGCAAUAAAUGGCUUCGUGAGCGGCAACCACCUAGGCUCGCUCUUCUCGGACAAGUCCGUGGACGUGACCAUCCUGGCGCUCUGCGUCGUGGUGGCCUUCGUGCUGGGUGCGGCGCUGUCGGGCGUCACCGUCUACUGCCUCUGCGGCGAAGGCGGCGCCGGCUGCACCUCCUCAUCCUCCUCGUCGUCGCCCUCCUCCUCCUCGUCGUCCCCGCACUUCCUCUCCCUCCGCUGCAAGAAGGCGGCCGCGGCCAAGAAGCUCCGAGCGGCCGGCGGCGGCGGCGGCGGCGACGGCGGCGGCGGAGACCUCGGCUCGUCGUACGGCAUGGAGACCCACGCCACGCUCACGCGGCUCAACAGCUACAGCCCCGGGCUGGAGCCGUGCGGCAAACACGACGGCGGCGUCGCCGGAUCGCCGCCGCCGUGCGGCGGCGGCGGCGGCGGCAUCGUGCCGCUAGCCGGGCCUCCGACGCCGCCGCUGUCGCACGCGACCGCCAUCGCGAUGGCGACCGAGAUGAUGCUGAUGAUGCCCAACGGGGGCUUGGGCUCGGCGGGCGGCGUCGGCGGGCUCGGCGGCGCGGAGCAGAUCCAGACGGAGCUGGCGGCCGGGCUCCCGACGCCGGACGCGACGCCGGUGCUGCCGCUCAAGAACUGCUGCAACCAGGCCCGGCGCGACUGCUGGGAGCAGGAGCAGAACCUGAAGAACGCGGCCGGCAAGAGCGCCACCGCCGCGCUGCUCGGCCAGCACCAGCAGCAGCACCACAACGGCGGCCACCACCACCCUCACCACGCUCCUCACCACGCUCACCACAAUCACCAUGGCAGCCACCACGGCCACCACCACAACAACCACGGGCAUCACCACCACCACCACCAACACAACAUCCAGCAGCAGCCGCAGCUACAGCUGCAGCAGCAGCAGCAGCAGCGCCACCCGCAGCAACCGUCCAUAGCGGAGAUGGCGUACGUGCAGGGCCUCCCCACGAGCCCGGCGUCGGGCGUGCCCCACAUCCUGUCGGAGCAGGGCCCGCACCACCUCGGCAACUACAGCCACAACAGCGGGCACCAGCGCGAGCCCAGGGGACACGGAGGAGGCGCCAUGGACAAGCUGGACGAGGUGCUGGCCUUCUUCGAGGAGCAGUCGCUGCUGCUCAAGGUGGGCGCCAGCGGCCGCGACGCCCGCCUGCCCACGUCCUGCUCCUCCUCGUCCUCCUCGUCGUCCUCCUCGUCAUCCUCCUCGUCGUCGUCUUCGGCCGCGGUCGCGGUGACGUCGGUGUCGGCGCGCAACAGCCUGCUGGCGCCGCCGGGCGCGAAGGCGCCGCUCGAGCCGCAGCCGCCGCCGUCCGCCGGCGCCGCCGGCGCCGACAAGAAGAAGCCACGCGCCGGCGUUCAUCACGGCGCCGGCUCGCUGCAGCGCGGCCUCGCCGCCCCCUCCGCCUCCCGCAACCCCAAGGCACAGGCGGCGCAGCCGCAGCCGCCGCCGCCGCCGUCGUCGGACCUGGCCAGGGGCCGGGAGUCUCCCGACGACGACGCCGCCCCCCCGACCCCGCCGGCGCGGGUCGACUCGGUGCAGCCGGGCACGGCGCCGUCGCCGGCGUCGUCGUCGGCGCCGUCGGCGCACGCCGGCUUCGCGCUGCCGCAGCCGCGCUGCUUCGGCGCCGCCGCGCCCCAGCCGCAGCACGGCCUCCUGGCGCGCCAGUCGAGCUUCUCCGGCGGCGGCGGCGGCGCGCUGCCGCCGGUCGGCCUGAUGCCGCGCACCAACGCGGGCGUGAAGCGCUCCCACUCCGUGAAGCCGGACGUGCCGCCCAAGCCCGGGGCGGCGGCGAAGGCGGCGCCCUGCGUUUGA